AUUAAAAACCCAUAAUACCACUCUCUUUCCCACCCUUGGGAUCCCACUUUUGACUCUUCUUCAAAUCCGUAGAAAAUCAAAUGGGACUCUUAAGGUGAAUAAGAGGGAGUAAUAUAUAUUAAAUGAACUAUUUAAUUAAUGUAUAGACGGGUCGGUUAGACCGUUCUCUUUAACAAUUUGUGUAGUCUUGUUUCUUGUUUUUCGUCUUCUGGGAGUAAACAAAUAGCCUAUUUCACAUCCUCUUCUCUAAACUAAAAAGUAUGAACUCUGAACACUUGAACUCUGCAACAAAAAUGGCGGCAAAUUCUGAGUGUUCUUUUCAUCUUCAGAGUACUGGGUCCCAAUCUUUUGGGCUAUUUCAAUCGACAGAUGAAAGUAAAGAGAAAGCAAACUUUGGGGGAUUAGGGUUUUUUGAUUUCCCAGAAACCCCUCUUCCUCCUCCACCCCCUUGCGAAGAAGUACUCCCUUCUGAGGCUUCUACUUCUGUGAAGUGUAUUGUGGAGCAAGUUGAUUUGGGGGUUGUUACUUUGUUCAAGGGCCGGGUGAGUACCCGGGAGGUUUUUUCAUUGUCAAACUCUGAUUUAGUCCCUGGAAAAUAUGAAGGAGGCCUAAAACUGUGGGAGGGUUCGCUUGAUUUAGUGAGAGCUCUCCAUUCUGAGAUACAAAAGGGAGAUUUAUCAUUUGAAGGGAAGAAAGUUUUAGAGCUGGGAUGUGGCCACGGGCUUCCUGGGAUCUUUGCCUUCCUUAAGGGUGCUGAUUCUAUCCAUUUCCAGGAUUUCAACACCGAGGUCCUAAAACACCUCACUAUUCCAAAUGUGAAUGCAAAUCUACCUUCAGGAUCUACAGUUCCUGAUAACCGUGAAAUUCGUUAUUUUGCUGGCGAUUGGGGAGAAGUGAAUCGUAUUCUUCCCCAUGCUAACAUAGACAAUAAUGAUGCUCCAUCACCCGACAAUUAUCCAACGAGUGGAUAUGAUGUGAUUUUGAUGGCGGAAACUGUUUAUUCUAUCUCUACUCUACAGAUUCUUUACAACCUUAUUAAGAAAUGUGUUCGCCAUCCUCAGGGUGUUAUCUACAUGGCCGCAAAGAAGCAUUAUUUUGGAGUAGGUGGAGGAUCACGCCGAUUCGUGUCAAUUGUGGAGAAAGACGGCAAGAUGACAGCCGACCUAAUUGCUGAAGUAACUGAUGGUUCAUCAAAUGUCAGAGAGGUUUGGAAAUUUUCCUGCAAGUAAGUAUGAUAUUUAAGGAUCGAGUAAAACAAAACGACUAACAUCUCAAUAUGCUGGGACUGUUCAAUGAGAUGUGUGGAAGAUAGCAAAAGAAUCUCAAACUACUAUCAUCUUUCUUUAACUUUGCCGAAAUGUAUAACUCAUAAUACGCUACAUUUGAGUUGCUUGGAGGGCUUAUUUUCUUUCCUCCAUGAAGGUGUAAUGCAAGCUUUCCGAACUAUUGAAACUGAAAUUCUAAUACGAUGCAAGUGGUUGUUGUAUCGAACCA